AUGCCUGCUCAGCCGCAACCGCCAAUGAUAACAACCACACCGACAAAAACUACAGCAACGGACGACAACACCACCAGCAACACCACCACAACCAGUUCUUCGAAACCAUCACCCGCGCCCCACAACAAACUUGGCACACCAACUUCGGUGCGAUCUCGGCCGCCAAAACUAGCAGACACGAUACAAGGCGAGUUUCUCGUCUGCCGAAUUUGCAACGAAUCCUACAAAAAACCAAAAUGUCUUUCAUGCCUGCAUACGUUUUGUCUACUCUGUCUUGAGAAACAAUUUGAAGAGAGUGAUUUUUUUGCUUAUAAAAAGUUCAGUAGCAGCUCUGAUUAUAGGGAUAUCGUCUGCCCGCUCUGUCGCAAGCGUACAACUAUUCCCGCCGGCGGCAUUAAAAAACUUCCAGAUAACUUUCUUCUCGAAGGAAUUUCUGACGUCAUCAUCCGACAAAGACCGCCAAAGAUAUUCUACUGCGAUGUCUGCAGACAACUAAAUCGUAAUAGUACAAUCGAAAUUACUACAAGCUCUUCAAAUAUAAGUAGCGGCACUAGUAGUAGCAGCAGUAGCAGCAGUAGUACUUCAACAACAGCCACAAGAGAAGCGUCAACAACACAGUUGAAUGAAGCGACGACAAAAUGUCUGGAUUGUAAGAAGUUGUUGUGUCCUGAUUGUGUCAAGAUUCACAGGCAGACUAAAGUUACCAACACGCAUUCGCUCUUCAAUGUUGACAUUGAGAAAGAUGUCGAAUGCUUGGUGCACUCUGAGGAAACCGUGCGAUACUACUGCGACACCUGCCACAGUUGCAUCUGCAUCAUGUGCCUCUUCAACGAGCACAACGACCACGACAUCAUGCACAUACACGAGGCUGCUAACAAGUAUUUCGAACAAGUUCGAGAGAUGUCGCAAAGGUGUGAAAGAAAGUUGGAAAAAUCAGAAAAAGACCUGGAGCAACUGGAAAGAUGUGAGAACACAAUCAACCACACUGAGCAGAAGAUUCGAGACAAGAUGAACGAGUUUGUGUCACAGUUGAAAGAACAAGAAUGCAAACUGUUGGAGGAUAUUAAAAAUUUGUAUGGCGCUGAGUGCUUCAAAGCCAUUCAAAAUAAAAAAGAAUUUAUUGUACAUAUCGAGAACAUGAGAAGUGCCUGCCGACUGACUAACGUCGUCCUUUCUGGUGGACACGUUGAAUUCCUACUCCUCAAAAAAACCAUCGAAGAUCAACUGAAGAAUUUCGUGAAAUUGAAAAAGAUAGAAAAUAAGAAACCUGACAUGAACAGUGAUGAUAGCGAAGACGAUGAUAGCAAUGAUGACGACAGUGAUGAUGAUUAUAACCUUAAAGAUAAAAACAAGGACGGCAAGAAUCAUUUCAUUCAGCCUCCUAAUGUUCAAAAGGUUAUAGAGUUUCGACCCGGCUCCCUUAAUUUCGGUUUCAUUUUUGACUUUGACAACCCGACUAACGACAAUAGCAGCAUCAGUAGCCUUCAAUCUCAAAAUAUCACCAGCUGUCCAAACGUCAACAGCACCAAAAACGUCAAGAAUAUCUCGAACGUUGCAACGAAGACGCUGAGCAGUUUUGAAGAAAAAAAGAAAUUACUUGCCGGCACUCACAAAAUCAAAUCGAAAACUUCGAACGCAACUUCAGAUGAAAAAUCUACAACUGUCAACGAAAGCACCAAUGACAAUAUCAAAUCUGCCAAAACGUCGUCACUAGCAACUAAAAAAGUCUCCAGUAGUAACAAAACUACUUCAAAAAGCAAGCAAGAACGUAAAUCAACUUCGUCGUCAUCAUCAAUGGCAGCACCGACUUCAUCGACAUCCGUGGAAACGCAAACAGAUCCCAUGUCCCUGGACGCCCUCAUACUUGCCUACAAAUCCGAACGCAAGUACUCGCCAACCAGAGAUGCAUUCCUCGUUUCCAACAAAAUUCAACAACUGCUCUCAGACGAAUUAACAGCAAUGUCCUCAUCGCCACCAUCAACAUCACCAUAUUCACUCAGCAGCAUGCAUUCGACCAUGCUCUCAACAGCUGCAGCUGUUUCAUCCGCAGCGGCAGCAGCCGAUGCCGCCGCCGCUGCAGCUACGAGAACAAAAGCUGAAUUGAUGAAACUGUCGUCGUCAGCAGCUGCAAAAACAAAAGCUGAUUUGAUGGCCUUCUCAGCCUCCUUAAAAAUGCCAGCAAAAGUAACGUCUGCGUCACUAUCAACGUCAACAUCAGCACCUUCCUCAUCACCUUCCUCAUCAUCUUCAUCAUCAUCUUCUUCUUCAUCAUCAUCUUCAUCAUCAUCCUCAUCUUCGUCAUCUUCCAUAUCUUUGACGUCAUCAUCUUCAUUGCCAUCAUCUACAACAACACCAUCGAAUGAGGUUAAAGUAUCGGCCAAACAAACGGUUACAAACAAAGCAGAUGACAACCCUAUCAAAACUGUCAGUGGUAAAAAUUUUUUGAAAAACAUCAAAAACAAACAUUCUUCCCUGGAGAGCAGUUCAAGUGACGAAAACUCCAACGACGAAACAACUAGUAAUAAUAAUUCUAAUCAAAGUCACACUUGUAGUGCUGACAACAAAACUGGAUCGAUUGCACCGACCACCAACACUUCUUCCACGGUGAUUAAUUCCAAUCCAAAAACGGCAACUUUAUCACCGACGGUUCAAGCAGUUACCACAGUAGCCACAACAAUAUCUGUGGCAGCAACAGCAAUAGCGGCAGCACCAGUAGCAACUACAUCAACUACUGCUGUUUCUAAAAGUCCGAAUCCAUCAAGAAAAAAUCCAGAAGCGCAUGUAUCAAUUGUCCCAUCUCCUAAAUUUAACAAACCUACGUCAUCAACACUGCCAACAAUUUUGCUGCCAGCAACAAAAUCAGCAGAAGCAGCAACAGCAGCUACAACUGCUGCUACCACAACCGCCACAACACCGACGACACAAAACAAAGCAAGUAUUCAAAACGUUAAGGGCAUGCCAUCACCAACUUCUCCAACAACCUCUACAAAAAUAAUUGCAACCGUUGCGCCUACAAUUAACAGUGCAGCCGCUGCAAAAUCAACGACAUCAACAACAACAUCAUCCUUGUCACCAACAACAACAUCCACAUCAACGUCUACAACAGCCACAGCAGAUGCUAGCAGCAGCAGUGAAACAAAGCAAAAAACACCAUCACCGUCGUCCUCCUCCUCAUCAAAAACAGCAGCAACCACAACCGCCACAGCCACAACAACUUCAACAUCAUCAACAACGAAUUCAACGCCACCAGCUUCCACACCACCACCAUCGGCACCUCUCACGAGGGAGGAAAGCAUUGUACUGUUGAGGAAGAAAGCUAGAGAAAAAACUCACAAACAUUUCACCCAUUUAUCCGACUCUCCACUUUUCAAGUUCACCGACAACAAGUAUGGCUCGGUUAGCAACAACAACAACAACAACAACAACGCUACUAAUACUAACACCGGAAGUAGCAGUAGUGGUAGUAAUCGUAACAGUGCUUACGGCAGCAGCAGUAAUAGUAGUGUUGGAGCUGGUAGUGGUAGUAGUAAUAGUCUGGUUGGUUCGAGUAACAAUUUAAACAGUGAUUCGAUCAACAUUUACAACCCGUCUUCCUAUCUGUACUACCACCCAUCAUCAUCAUCGACAUCAUCUACGUCAUCAUCUACGUCAUCACCGUAUUAUCGCCCACCUGAAUCUUCAUCGUCAGCCACGAUUCCCUACUACACUUCACCGUCGUCAUCCUCCUCUUCAUCACGAAAUUAUCGAGGAUCUGAUGGCUACAAGUACUCAUCGCAUAAGUAUUACUAAGACUACUGCAUAGGUACAACAAUCUGUUCUACCGCGUCAGAGUAUAGUUUACUUGGUUAUAGUCACUUUACUAGUAAUUAAUGACGGAAUCAUAGAAAUUCGAUGUAAUCACAAAUGUAAAUUCAAUUCGGCAGUAACCAUGAGUGAAGUUUGAACGGCGAUGGCGAUGAUUGGUUUAAUUAUAGUAAUUACAGCUAGCAAGAGUUUGUUAGCCUAACUUAGUGGCUUUGUAUGAUAGUUUAUUUUCAUAUAUUUUUUAUGAUAUAGCUCAUAAUUUCAUGUUUUUACUGGAAAAAAAUUUCUAAAAAUAAUUAAAAAAAAAAGAAACACAUGAUAUGAUUUAUAUCUUAUAUCAGUACACUAGAUUAUGUUUGUUUCUCAGUGGUUCGAGCUUGCUAUAAUUGAUUAAUUAACAAAUUGAAUACUGCAUACAAUUUUUUGUGCAUGUUUCAAAAAAAUGUUUGUGUGUUUGUAAGAGUGUGUGUGCGUGAGUGUGUGCAUGUGUUGCCGUGGACCUGCGUGUGUUUGUAUGUGCGAGUAAAUGUCUUUGUAUAGGAGAUAUUUUUGUAUAAAAAAUGGCUUAGUAUUGUUGAAUUUUGUAGUUUCUGUAAAUUUUAAUUUAAAACUUUAUGGCAUUUGCUAUAAAAAUUCUAGAAA